ACAAAAACAAAUAAUGACAACAACAUGAUUUUUUCAGAAUUCUGGGAAGAACACUUCCAGUGUCGAUAUCCAAGAAGUAUGAGAACUCCAUACAACUCUAAUUAUUCAAAUGAAUGUGAUCCUAAGUUCAACCUAAGAGAAAAAAUACCAAAGUUUGAAAACCAAUUACAAUUUGUCAGCGAUUCUGUGCUAGCAUUUGCACAUGCAUUGUACGAUAUGCAUUCUGAUCAUUGUGGUCCGAACUUUGUUGGUUUAUGUGAAGCCAUGAAACCUGUUAAAGGACCCGAACUCUUAAUGUACCUCAGAAAAGUAAACUUCACAGGUCUCACGGGCGAUAAUUUUCACUUCGAUAACAACGGGGACGGACCUGCCCGUUAUAAUAUCAUUCACUUCAAACAGGUGGAGCCGGGCACUUUUAAAUGGAUCAAAGUCGGCGUGUACUCAGACGGCAAACUCAAUCUCAACAUGGACGAGACGCGGUUCAAAACAGACUCAUCAAAUCCACCGGAAUCCGUUUGCAGUUUGCCGUGCCAAAAAGGCCAAGCUAAGCAAUAUCUGGAGGGCGAAAAAUGCUGCUGGCACUGUUUCAACUGCACACAAUACCAGAUCCGUUCACCCACCGACGAGACCAGAUGCGAAGUUUGUCCCGGAGGCACGUUACCCGAUAGUAGUCGUCAACGGUGUUUGGCAAUACCGGAAGCAUUUUUACGGGCAGGAAGCAGUUGGGCCAUUGGGGCGAUGGCACUGUCAGUGGCAGGUAUUGCCAUCACUUUGCUAGUGGUUUCCGUGUUUAUCAAACAUAAUCAUACACCGAUCGUGAAGGCCGCCGGCAGAGAAGUUUCGUACGUUCUUUUGUCCGGCAUACUGCUGUGCUAUCUCAUAACGUUUGUGCUCGUGCUCAAACCCACUGACAUCGUAUGCGCCGUACAAAGAUUUGGUGUUGGAUUCUGUUUCACUGUUGUGUAUGCUGCAUUAUUAACGAAAACGAAUCGCAUAUCACGCAUAUUCAAUGCUGGACGGCGAACUGUUAAACGUCCCAAUUUCAUAUCACCAAAAUCACAACUGGUCAUCUGCACGGGACUCAUAUCGAUACAAGUGCUCAUCAACGGCAUAUGGAUGCUGGUCAGCCCGCCAAAGGUCAUUCACCAUUACCCCAGCAGGGAGUCGAACAUACUAGUCUGCUCGUCGUUCAUCAACACAUCGUACGUGAUAGCGUUUGGAUACCCAAUAGUGUUGAUUGUCGUGUGCACCGUGUACGCCGUGCUCACCAGAAACAUCCCGGAAGCUUUCAACGAGUCCAAGCACAUCGGUUUCACGAUGUAUACAACUUGUGUCAUAUGGCUCGCAUUCGUUCCUCUAUACUUUGGCAUUGGCAACCAUACUCCGCUGAGGAUAACUACCAUGUCAGUAACCAUUAGCCUUUCCGCUAGUGUAACUAUAGUUUGCCUGUUCUCUCCGAAGUUGUACAUAAUUUUGUGUCAUCCGGAACGAAAUGUGCGUCAAAGUAUGAUGCCAAAUAUGAAAUUAACGGGCACGAAAACAUUUACAACAUCGAAUACGAAUGCAUUUUGCAACAAUUCAACAAGACGGCGCAGCUCAUUAGCUUAUAAAGAUUCCAGUACCGAUAUGCAGAUAAGCUUGGAAAAUCGAAAACAGGUGCUCGAACGAGCCGUACAAACGGAAGAGACGAGAAUCGUACCAGAAUCGUAAUCGACAAACAAUUUCGAACGUAUAAUAUCUUUUCCUCCCCCAACCCCCAGCUAAAAGCACAAAGGUACACGACAUGAAUGAAACAAUUGUUAUGUUUUCUGGACGUUUUAAGAACUUGCCAAGUAUCGGAGCCGUGUAAUAAAAAUGCAUAAUAUACUAUAAAUACAAUAACACUAAUACGAGUGGCCAUAUCAAAAAAUAAUAUUAUAAUUAGGUACGAACGUUUGAAAAUUACUUUCGUUUGUAAGAACAAUUUAAUUGCCGUGAGCAGUUUUCAAAUAAACAUAAGUUGAAACCGAUCGUUGAAAUCAUUGGACUUUUCUCAAAACAAGUAAAUAUGUAUGUAUUUUUCUACAUUUGAAUCAGUCAAUUCCGACCGUCAAAUUAUUGACAGUCGGAAGCAGUAUAUUAUAACAAACAUCAUAUAAAGUGUAAAAAAAAGCUCCUAAAAAACAUAUACUACUUUUGUAAAUAAUAUAUAAGGUAAUUAUUAUAAAAACAUGUCACAAACAAAUUAGACAAAAAAAAAUAUUUACAAAGUAAGAAAAAGAAACGUUUUGAAAGGAUUGUAAUUGUUUGAAACCAAUAAUUAUAACGUACAUCGAAUCAUAAAAUAAUUAAUUUUAAAAAUAAAUACACGUUUAAAAAUAUAUUUAAUUAAAAAAGCAUAUUAUUAUGGAAAUAAUUUAACUUUGCUGAACGGCUGUUGUCUGUUUUAAUUUUGAGUACAAUGUAGGUACUUAACAUAAAUUAGGAAAUAACUUCUUUGUUUAGUUGAAUCGUAUAUUGCUACCGAAGUUAAAUUGUUUCUCGUAAUUAAACUAGGUACUUUAAUUUAAUAUAAUUUGAAACAGUUUUUUUUUCUGAAAUUAAUUAUUAUGACAUUACAUUAUUUAACCUGUAAAUGACAUGAGUAACAGACGUUUUAAAAUUAUUUUUUUUCUAUUGUGCUUGUUUUUUCACACGGCAUUUGCCAAGUUUUUUGUUGAUUCCAUAAUGUCACUAACGGAACGCCAAGUGGUGAGACAUGUACACCUUUAUACUAUAUUAUGUAUAUUUGUUUCCUCGUCAACGUGCAAGGCGGUGGCUGCAGCUUGUUUGCCGUUUUGUCAUUUCAAUUAUAAAUAAUUGCAGAACCCUUUCAUUUUCCCAUACAACUCACUAAGUCGGGUUAUUCUAAUCGUUUUGGAAAUUACAAAAGCAUCAUCUGCGCCGUAUAACUACUGUUAUUUCAUUUGUACCUACACGAAUAUAGUAUUGCGAUGUGGGUGAAUUUAAAUUAUCCAGCAGUCUACCUAGUUAGAUCUUCCGAAACAGUGACGAAUUCAAUCUUUAACCCGUUCGUCAGACUGUUGUCUGAAAUUACCUUUUUGAUGAAGAACACGAACAGUAUACGACGUAUGAUGUGAAUGUGCGUAUGAUUGUGAGUUAUGACACUAAUAGCCCUAAUCUGGGUGUGUUUACGUCACAAUAAUAUGUCAAACAGUAACAUUUAUUCGGCAUUUGACAGUCAAAUAGGUCAAACUCAUACUAUUUUCUAACUUUUUUUUAAAUUUGUUCAAUGGUCCAUACAAUUAUUUGGAUAUAACAUUAUUGCGAAGGGCAGACCAACGGCAUUAUUCAAAUAAAUUUGUAUAUUUUUUCGAAUAUAACUUUUUAUUUAAAAUACAUUUUUUGUAAUAAUAUGAAUAAAAAAGUA